UUGGCUUUAUAUAAACUGCCACUCUUCUGUUCUCGAUCAUCAUCUUCAUUGCUGUAGUUCUACAAAUAUGUUUUUUCAACUCGUCUGGAUUCUAGCUGCCUCCGUGCAAUGUGGGCUCACACAGAAUAUGCCUACCCAGGAAGUGAAGUCAGUUUGUGGAGAGGACUCAAUUCUGAAAUGUAAAGCAAUAUGUAAGCCUGGGGUCCAAUACCGGGCGGUGAGGUGGUAUAAGCUGGGUGAGGAGCCCUCUAAUAAGGAGUCUGGUCUAUUGAUGAAGAGGCUAUCACCUAACAGCACCACCCAAUGGUACGCAGGCCUGGAGCGUAAAGUGGAACUUUUGGCUGAUGAUUCUUUUGAUAUCUUGCUGCCCAAUGUAAUGGCUGUUGAUAGCGGGAGGUACAAGUGUCUCCUGGCAGCACCUGUAGGAGAGCAGAACCAGGAGGGGCAGGUUCACCUCAGAGUGACAGGUUGCCUUGAGUCCACAGACCAAUCAGAAGAAAGGGAUACCAUUCUAGUUCUUUCCAUUGUGGGGAUUGUGGUGGCAUUGCUGAUAUUCACCAUCAGCUAUGUCAUCCUAAGGAAUAUGUUAUUGCAAAGGAGUAAGAAGUAUCCACAAGAACCACUUCUAGAUGCACCCCUUGAGAAGAAAGAUUUAAUGUUGAUCUACACUCCGGGGCCAAACUGGUCGAGACAGGGUUCCAUAAAACAUGUCUGUGUGUGAGAGCCUGUUCUGCUAGUUUGGGCUCAUUGUAUACUUGAAUGUGAAGAGGAAAUGCAGAGAAAGACUAGGGCACGUUUGAAGCUGUGCAAGGAGCCUAAGAGUUAUGUCUACUUUCCAGGAGAAGAAUUCAUUUUUAGAGCAGAUGGAGGCAGACAACCCUCUGGCCGGUCCUGUAGAACUAAGAUGUUUAGGCUUUUCAAAGAAAUGAAACAGAAACAGUAACCUACACCCUUUCACUCAGGCAGCAAAAAACAGCAGUACAGCCAGGCUAGGGCAGCAGUUCUCCAGAAACGAGUGCCUGUCUACAGCAUCCACGUGCCUGUGAUGCGCAAGGAGCAGGGCCUGGUGAAGGGACGCCACGAUCUAAGCACCAAGAUCUACCCCCAACAAGGAACUUCAGGAAAGGGAGAAGGAAUUAAUUCAUGAUAAGGGGUCAUUCUGCAGGGUCACUCCAUGGCAAUGUUGGGGUUAAUUCCAUUUGUAUUUCAGUCAACCCAGUCAAUUGAAGUUGACAUUGAUGUUGAACUUGAAAAUGACCAAUGUGUACUGCAUGGCAUUUCAUGCCUAAUUAAAUUCCUGUAUUGACUGGUAUUGAAAUGGAAUUGAUCUGAGCACUGUUUCAUGGGGCUCACCCGUGUUGGAAGGGUUUGGUGGGACACGCUGGACUCUGCAAAGAGAGAUGAAACCAACCAAGACUGCAUUCCAUCUGAGCCAAGCAAAUCUCUCAAUGAACUCUAAUGUUCAGGCAUUAUUGAUACGUUUUUGUUAUUUUGUGAGGCCAAAACAGUAUUUUAUUAAUCUUGUAUGCAGAACCAAAAAAUACUAUUUUCCUCCAAGCAUUAUGAAAGUGGGCUUUGGUGAAUAUUUGGUUUUUGAACAUGAUCAGCAAUUCUGUGUAUACAUUGAAAAUAAAGAAGUCAUAAAUAAUUUUGUAACGUACUGUAUCUGAUGUACAUGUGCUAUGGUUCUUAGAUAAAUGUUCUUUAACUUUUUCUUAA